UAAUGGGUAUCAGUCUUUUGCUUGAUACAAUAGCUGAUAUAUCAUCCAAGAAUAGAAAAUAUUCGGCGAAGAUCAGCCCUUUGGAGACUCUUGAAAGAUUGCCUCUAUUGGAACUAUCAUCAAUCUGCAUCAACUUGACACUGGUCCUAGUGUUACUUUUCAUUGUGUCAGCGAGACAGAUAGUUGUGUGCCUUGGUCGAAUUCGAGUUGAUAAAGAGGUUUCUAAUGGGAAUCCAGUCCCAAUUAGACGCAGUCCUGAUGCUGAUAUUCAGAAAAUAGUAAUUGGUAGAUGGUAUAAAGCUGCGGCCUUUUGUUGCUUCUAUGUUUUGUUUCUGCAAGUAUUGGUAUUAGGUUUUGACAGCAUUGGUUUGAUAAGGGAGUCCACAAGAGGGAAGAGUAUAAGUUGGACUCUGGUGCUCUCACCGGCAGCUCACAGUUUAGCUUGGUUUUUGCUGAGCUUUUCAACACUUCACUGUAAAUUCAGUUUCUCUGAGAAAUUUCCAUUGUUGUUAAGGGUUUGGUGGGGAUCAUCCUUUGUCAUAUGUCUCUUUACAUUGUAUGUUGAUGGGAACAAAUUCUUGAAGGAACGCUCAGAACAUUUGAAUUCUCAUGCCAUAACGAAUUUUGCGUUAACCCCUGCUCUUGCUUUCUUAAGUUUUGUUGCAGCCAGGGGUGACACCGGUAUUCAAGUAUAUAGAAACUGUGAUCUUGAAGAGCCAUUGCUGGUUGAAGAAGAAGAAGCAGGGUGCCUUAAGGUUACGCCUUAUAGUGAAGCUGGUAUAUUUAGUUUGGCCACAUUGUCCUGGUUAAAUCCGGUUCUUUCUUUGGGUGCAAAAAGACCACUUGAACUAAAAGACAUUCCACUUCUUGCCCCAAAGGACCGUACUAAGACAAAUUAUAAAGGUUUAAAUUCCAACUGGGAGAAGCUAAAGGCUGAAAAUCCUACAGGGCAGCCUUCUUUAGCUUGGGCUAUCCUCAAAACGUUCUGGAAAGAGGCUGCAUGUAAUGCAAUUUUUGCAGGGUUAAACACCUUAGUUUCAUAUGUCGGUCCAUACUUGGUUAGUUACUUUGUGGAUUACUUGGGAGGGAUAGAGACUUUCCCUCAUGAGGGGUAUAUUCUCGCAGGAAUUUUUUUUGCAGCUAAGUUGGUGGAGACCGUCACUACACGACAGUGGUAUAUCGGGGUAGACAUUUUAGGGAUGCAUGUCAGGUCAGCUCUCACAGCAAUGGUUUACAGAAAAGGGCUCAGGCUCUCGAGUGCAGCGAAGCAAGGUCAUUCCAGUGGAGAGAUUGUUAACUACAUGGCAGUGGAUGUUCAAAGAGUUGGGGACUAUUCCUGGUAUUUACAUGACAUAUGGAUGCUUCCUAUGCAGAUUAUACUUGCGCUUGCUAUUCUCUACAAAAAUGUUGGGAUUGCUACCAUUGCAACAUUGAUUGCCACCAUAAUUUCCAUUGUUGCCACUAUCCCAUUGGCAAGGUUUCAGGAAACUUACCAAGACAAUUUAAUGUCUGCUAAAGAUGAAAGAAUGAGAAAGACUUCUGAAUGUCUUAGAAACAUGAGGAUCCUCAAGCUACAAGCUUGGGAGGAUAGGUACCGCCUGAAGCUUGAAGAGAUGCGGUCUGUGGAAUUCAAAUGGUUGCGUAAGGCUCUAUACUCGCAGGCAUUUAUUACGUUUAUCUUUUGGAGCUCUCCUAUAUUUGUUUCAGCUGUCACUUUUGGAACUGCAAUAUUGUUAGGGGACGAACUUACAGCAGGUGCUGUUCUUUCUGCUCUGGCUACCUUCAGGAUUCUACAGGAGCCUUUAAGGAAUUUCCCAGACUUGGUUUCAAUGAUGGCUCAAACAAAAGUUUCCCUUGAUCGAAUCACUGGAUUCCUACAGGAUGAGGAGUUGCAGGAUGAUGCCAUCACAUGCUUACCACGAGGAACUACGGAUGUGGCAAUAGAGAUAAAAGAUGGUGAUUUCUGCUGGGAUGUUUUUUCUUCAAGCCUAACAUUGUCAGGCAUACAAAUGAAGGUGGAAAAGGGGAUGUGUGUGGCUGUGUGUGGCAUGGUUGGCUCGGGGAAAUCAAGUUUUCUUUCUUGCAUUCUUGGUGAGAUUCCCAAAAUUUCUGGUGAAGUUAGAGUUUGCGGAUCUUCUGCUUAUGUCUCACAGUCAGCUUGGAUACAAUCUGGAAAUAUAGAAGAAAAUAUUCUAUUUGGUAGCCCAAUGGACAAGGCAAGAUAUAAGAGUGUUAUAUAUGCUUGUUCGCUGAAAAAAGAUUUGGAGCUUCUUUCUCAUGGAGAUCAGACAAUUAUCGGUGACAGAGGCAUAAAUUUGAGUGGUGGCCAGAAGCAACGUGUGCAGCUUGCCAGGGCACUAUAUCAAGAUGCGGACAUCUAUUUGCUUGAUGAUCCCUUCAGUGCUGUUGACGCACACACAGGUUCAGAAUUAUUUAAGGAAUACAUCAUGACAGCAUUAGCAACCAAGACUGUAGUUUACGUAACCCAUCAAGUUGAAUUUCUGCCAGCAGCUGAUCUGAUACUGGUAAUUAAGGAAGGCCGUGUCAUUCAAGCUGGCAAAUAUGAUGAACUACUUCAAGCAGGGACUGAUUUCGAUGCCCUGGUUUCAGCUCAUCACGAAGCUAUAGAUGCCAUGGAUAUUCCCAAUCAAUCCUGUGAAGAUUUCGAUGAUGAUCAUCCACUUGAAGGUUCUAUCCUCUUAAGUAAGAAGUGUGAAUCAAUAGGAGGUAAUUUGGAGAGUUUGGGAAAGGAAGUUCAAGAGGUUGGGUCGACCUCGGGUCUAAAACCGAUCAAAGAGAAAAAGAAAGUGAAACGGUCAAGGAAAAAGCAGCUUGUUCAGGAAGAGGAAAGAGAAAGAGGGAAAAUCAGCAUGACGGUGUACUUGUCAUAUAUGGCUGCGGCAUAUAAGGGCUUACUGAUUCCUCUUAUUAUCCUGGCCCAGACAUUAUUCCAGCUUCUUCAGAUAGCUAGUAAUUGGUGGAUGGCUUGGGCUAAUCCCCAAACCAAAGGGGACCAACCAAAAACUAGUAACAUGGUGCUUAUUGUUGUUUAUAUGGCCCUUGCUUUUGGGAGUUCUUGGUUUAUAUUUGUCAGGGCCGUACUAGUGGCUACAUUUGGUCUUGCAGCUGCACAAAAAUUGUUCCUACAAAUGCUCAGAAAUGUGUUCCGAGCACCAAUGUCUUUCUUUGACUCAACUCCAUCUGGUCGAAUUUUGAAUCGCGUAUCAGUUGAUCAAAGUGUAGUGGACCUUGAUAUUCCGUUUAGACUAGGCAGCUUUGCAUCAACAACAAUUCAACUUAUUGGUAUUGUUGGUGUCAUGACUCAAGUUACUUGGCAAAUUCUGCUUCUUGUUAUUCCAAUGGCGAUUGCUUGUUUGUGGAUGCAGAAAUACUAUAUGGCUUCUUCAAGAGAACUGGUCCGCAUUGUCAGCAUCCAAAAAUCGCCAGUAAUCCACCUAUUUUCCGAGUCAAUUGCUGGAGCAGCAACAAUAAGAGGGUUUGGGCAAGAAAAGCGAUUUAUAAAGAGGAACUUAUAUCUUCUUGAUUGUUUUGCCCGUCCAUUUUUCUACAGCCUAUCAGCUAUUGAGUGGCUUUGCCUACGUAUGGAGCUUUUGUCAACGUUUGUGUUUGCAUUCUGUAUGGUUAUACUAGUGACUAUUCCACAUGGGAGUAUCGAUCCAAGUAUGGCAGGCCUGGCUGUGACAUAUGGGCUCAAUCUGAAUGCACGCUUAUCUCGGUGGAUCCUUAGUUUUUGUAAACUUGAAAAUAAAAUUAUUUCUAUUGAAAGGAUUCAUCAGUAUUGUCACAUCCCUAGUGAGGCUCCACUAGUUAUCGAGGAUAAUCAGCCCCCAACCUUGUGGCCGCAAGAAGGAACAAUCGAAUUGAUAGACUUAAAGGUUCGUUACAAAGAGAAUCUUCCUGUGGUGCUUCAUGGUGUGAGUUGCAAAUUUCCUGGUGGGAUGAAGAUUGGAAUUGUUGGACGUACUGGAAGUGGUAAAUCAACAUUGAUUCAGGCACUAUUUCGCAUGAUUGUACCAGAAGCGGGCAGUAUUGUGAUAGACAAUAUCAAUAUAUCAACAAUAGGUCUUCAUGAUCUUCGUAGUCGACUGAGCAUAAUACCUCAAGAUCCAACCCUGUUUGAAGGGACCAUUAGGGCGAACCUUGAUCCUCUAGGCGAGCAUUCAGAUCCAGAAAUUUGGCAGGCACUUGAUAAGUCCCAGCUUGGAGAGAUAGUUCGACACAAGGAGCAAAAGCUUGACUCGCCAGUUUUAGAAAAUGGAGAUAACUGGAGCGUAGGACAGCGCCAGCUUGUUUCUCUUGGCCGAGCCUUACUCAAGCAGGCAAGAAUUCUGGUUCUUGAUGAAGCAACUGCAUCCGUUGAUUCAGCUACAGAUAAUCUCAUCCAGAAGAUUAUUAGGACUGAAUUUAAGGACUGUACAGUGUGUACAAUUGCUCACCGUAUCCCAACUGUUAUCGAUAGUGAUUUGGUUCUGGUUCUCAGUGAUGGCCGAGUUGCAGAGUUUGACGUUCCAGCUCGAUUGUUAGAGGACAAGUAUUCCAUGUUUUUUAAAUUAGUUUCUGAAUAUUCGACAAGAUCUAGCGGAAUCCCUGAAUUUUGAUUUAGACAGUGUGCAACCUAAAUCCAAAGCAUCAAGAGCAGACUCCAAGUGAGGUAUGGGAAGGAAAGUACAGCUUCUGCAUGCUGCUUCAUCUGGUUUACUGAAAAUCUAGGAAAAGGCAUAUUGCAACGUCAAAAACCUUACAAGAGGAAUGUAGUUUCAUCAGUCUGACAUGACACGGAGAUAUAACACAGUCGGGCAUUUCUGCUGCAUAUGUAACAUAAAUAAGUAGGAGGUUGAUAUGGGGUUGGUAACAAAUACAGAAAAGUAGACGAGGGACACUACAAUCUGUAUUGUAACUCUCCAAAUCAUGUCUUUGUACUAAUAGUAUGCAGUAUGGUAAAUUUUGUAACGAGCCUAGGCAUUUUAGAUGUUUAUCUCAUGUCUUUCUUUUAGUGAACUUAUUUCCUCUAUCUGUAAGCAAAGAAUCAGCUUACAGAUUAUAUAACUUUUGUUCCGAACCCCAAUUUAAAGUUUUACAUAUUAGUCA